CGCACGUAUGUAAUGUACUCGUGGUUAGAGUCCGCACCCGAAUCUGACAGAGCAUUGCAAUUGACUUUUAAUUGACGCAAAACUUAUUCCCUAUUUUGCACACAAUAUUCAAUUCAAUGAGAAAGUGAUUCACAUUCUGGUGGCAAACCUAUUGUCAAACACUUCUAUUAAUAUCCAUUCAAUUGAUUGAAUUACACAUUAUUUAUUGCAUUCAAACAUCUGAAUGAAUGAACACGUGAUUCAACACUGAAUCCAACGCUUGUAAACAAACCCACGAUUGUUCGCAAUUGACCGUUGAUUUGAUGCCAAAGAGUCAUCACUGAUCCAUAGGAGACAUGAAUAUCAGAUGCGCUAAACCAUGUGAUCUGAUGAAUAUGCAACACUGCAACCUGUUGUGUCUGCCGGAGAACUAUCAGAUGAAGUACUACUUCUAUCACGGCUUGUCGUGGCCUCAGCUCUCAUACGUUGCCGAAGACGAGAGCGGAUCCAUUGUUGGCUACGUGUUGGCGAAGAUGGAGGAGGACUCGGAUGACGACCCUCACGGACACAUCACGUCACUGGCGGUGAAGCGGUCGCACCGGCGGCUCGGGUUGGCUCAGAAGCUGAUGGACCAGUCNUCUGGUUCAGCUAAUGUGACAAUCGGUUGA